AUGUCCCUGCUCAAGGACUCCGAGCUGGAGGAAGUGCACAGGAAGAUAAUCGACGGGACCAUCGAAAAGUGCAGCCAGUUCUACAACACACGAAUUUUAGAAGCUAUAAAAAUAAGGUGGCUGAAGAUAUAUGAGAGGAAGUUGCAGGUUACGGAAAAGGGCUCUGAGCAGUCGGGUGUGUCACUGCAGCAGGGCACAUCCAACGUUACAGACGACUUUGAGGACGACGAAUUUGAAGGCGCCGAAGUUGAGGAGAAGGAAAUAGUAGAGCUUGAACACCGCGCCCAGGAUGACGAAGCGGAUGAACUGAACGAGCUAGACGACAUUUCCAUAAGCGACCUCAGCGACGUCGACCCCCCAACAUCCAACGUUAUCGUGGGCAUUUGCGACAAGAUAACGAAGCCUUGUGGACGCAGAAACGCAAGUAGCAAUUGGAAGAUAAAACUUAAGGGAGGACUGAUGAAGGUGGACGGGAAGGAGAUGUUCUUCCGCAGUUUGCAAGGCGACCUGGAGUUCUAA